UUAUAACACAACACACUUCACACAGACCAGAUCACCAUUUCCAAAGCUUCAGCUUUCUUUCAAUCACACUCCAACAAUGGCCGCCUCCACAGCUGCUGCUGCUUCAUCCUUCAUGGGAACACGUGUCCCUGAUAUCUACUCUAACUCAGGCCGGGUCCAAGCUAGAUUUGGCUUCGGACGCAAGAAAGCAGCGCCAAAGAAGUCGAUCAAACCUACCAAUGACAGGCCGUUGUGGUUUCCUGGAGCUAAGGCGCCGGAAUGGCUCGACGGAACCUUGGUGGGGGAUUACGGGUUUGACCCUUUUGGGUUGGGGAAACCAGCGGAGUACUUGCAGUAUGAGUUGGACUCGUUGGACCAGAACUUGGCGAAGAAUUUAGCUGGUGAUGUUAUUGGGACUAGGACGGAGUUUGAUGAUGUUAAGUCGACGCCGUUUCAGCCGUACAGUGAGGUGUUUGGACUUCAGAGGUUUCGGGAAUGUGAGCUUAUUCAUGGACGGUGGGCUAUGUUGGCUACUCUCGGUGCUCUUACUGUUGAGUGGCUCACCGGAGUCACCUGGCAAGAUGCUGGAAAGGUGGAGCUAGUAGAUGGAUCAUCGUACCUCGGACAGCCACUGCCAUUCUCAAUUACAACCCUAAUCUGGAUAGAGGUAUUGGUGAUCGGGUACAUUGAGUUUCAAAGAAACGCCGAGUUAGAGCCAGAGAAGAGGUUGUACCCGGGAGGAAAGUUUUUUGACCCAUUAGGGUUAGCAGAAGACCCCGAGAAGAAGGCCGUACUUCAACUGGCUGAGAUUAAGCACGCUCGGCUAGCCAUGGUUGGGUUCCUUGGGUUCGCGGUUCAAGCUGCGGUUACUGGAAAAGGACCACUCAACAACUGGGCUACUCACUUGAGUGACCCUCUUCACACCACCAUUAUUGACAAUUUGAGCUCUUAAGUAAACAACUUUACUACUCUGCUAAUCUGCUUAUUUGGGUUGUUUUGCCCUGAGAAGAAUGGUUCAGUAGAUUGUUAAUUAUAAUACUCUUCUUGUAUGUGCUUCUUGUAAAGAUUUAUUAUCAUAUUUAGCAACAAAAUUCUGCCUA